CCAGGAAUCAUAGGCCCAGCCGUGCGACGGUCGGUGCCCAGCCCCAGCAUCAGGACCGUCCGCUCCGCCGCCGUCGCCUUUUCAUGCCUCGUGUCGUCUGCGGGUCCGGUCCCGGUGGUCUCGGUCCGACCCCAACGAAGGGCGAGGAGAGAGGAAGAGGCGAGAUGCCGCACCGAGCGCGGCCGAUGACGGGGCUGCUGGUGUUCAUGGGCGUCAACCUCGCGCUCUUCAACACCAUCACUCCCGUCUACGACUUCGUCUGCUUCCUCCCCCACUGGGAACGAAGGAGAGAACACCGCCGAAGGGAACUUGAAGGUCUGCAAGCGAAGGGUUCUGUAGAAACUACUAACUGAACUCUCUCCUAGGACUUCCAGACUGAUCUGCACGCAUCAUGAACUCGUCCAUGUCUUUCUCAGUCCCUAAGUAUGCGUAGCAUUAAAACCCCCCGCAAACAAUGGCCCAAUGUACACAGCCAUCGGUGAACUAAGCCGUAAAAGUAGCUCCAUUGCAUCUGUGUACUGAUACACAAAUUUGCUUGCUUGAGCUCCUAUACACAUUACACACUUGCUGCUUCACUAUAGGACUAUGUCUCGCCUCUUCUUGUUGUUCAUUGGCUCCGCACCAGCUGUCCCUUUCCUCAUCAUUGCCACAAACUCUGAAUAAUCUAUCCUUCCGUCCUACAUGUGCAAAAAGGUAAACUUAAGCCUUUUGAUAUAAUAGGAAACUAAAACUACAUAUAUAUUGCUCAGUACGAAGAACAGCUACUAUGUCAACUGAAAUUUACACAAAGUUUGUUCCUUACGUUGUCGGAGUCCGCAUCUGCGAUGACCUCUUUGAUUUUGUCGGCGUCGUACAACCCUUGCUCCUUCAAGGCAUGCUCAAGCUCUUCUUUAGUAAUGUACCUGUGUGGGGUAGACGAUGCGCUCUUCUGUGAUGUAUGCCAUCCAGAAUUCAGGUCUAUCAGCUGGUACCAUUUUAGCAUCCAGCUUACCCGCUGUUGUCCUUGUCAAAGUACUGGAAUGCUGUGUAGAGGUGCUCUUCUCGGUCCAGCUUGUUCAUGUGCACCGUUGCGGUGACGAACUCGUCGUAGUCGAUUAACCCGUUGCCGUCAGCAUCGGCCUGGAAUUGUGUGUAAAACGUUUCAGAAGGGAUGGAUGUUUGCAAAUUAGCUACAUCUUCACUUUCAAUAGAAUCAAAGUUUCUUUCCUUUUUUUUUUGAAAAAAAGGGAACAUGCAUUGUACUCUGAAAACUCACUGCUUCCAUUAGCUGCUCCAUUUCGCUGUCGGACAGCUUGGGUCCAUGCUUUGCCAACCCUUGUUUGAGCUCGUCAAGCGUGAUGGUGCCACUGUUAUCCUUGUCGAUGUUCUUGAACAUCUCCUUCAGCCCUGUGAUCUCCUCUUCGGAUAGGCACCCAGCUAUGAUCUGACAUGAUGUCAUCAAGGGCAUAUAUGUAUACAGUUUUCAAAUUCUGCCCUGUAAGCAUUACCGUUCAGAAGGUGAAUCUAUAUGUGUAGUCCUUAGUUCUCAGGUAUGUACCCUCAGUGCAGCUUUCUUGAACUGGUUCAUGGCCCUGAACUGCUUGAGCCUGUCGAGAACAACGUUGUCAAGUGGCGUGUCUGGUGCGUCUCCGUCUUCUUUGAUCCAUGGGUGAUCUACAAGUUCUUGCGUGUUGAGGCCACAUGUCCAUCGAUCCAUAUGAUGAGUAGUAGUAUAUAUAUGAAGUAACCGAUCUGGCUACUUACUGAGGACCUGGAACGCCGUGAGGCGCUCCUUGGGGUUGCUGUUGAGCAUCUUCUUGACGAGGUCCUUGGCUCCCGGCGAGAUGUGCGGCCAUGGCUCGCCGGAGAGGUCAAGCUUCCCUCGCAGGAUGGCGGUGAAGAUGCCGUUCUCGUUCUCUGCCCAGAAGGGAGGCACGCCGGCGAGGAAGAUGUAGAGCAUGACGCCGACGCUCCAGAUGUCGGCCUCGGGGCCGUACCUCCUCCUGAGCACCUCGGGCGCGAUGUAGUAGGCGCUGCCGACGAUGUCCCUGAGCGGCUCGCCCUCCUUGAAGAAGACGGAGAGGCCGAAGUCGGUGGCCUUGAGCGGCGCGUCCUCGUCCCUGCUGAGCAGCAGGAAGUUCUCGGGCUUGAUGUCGCGGUGCAUGACCCCCAUGGAGUGGCAGGUGUGCACGGUCUGCACGAUGGCGCGCAGAAGCGCCGCGGCGCCGCGCUCCGUGUAGUGGCCCCGGGCGAUGAUGCGGUCGAAGAGCUCGCCGCCCGCGCAGAGCUCCAUGACCAGGUGCACGCCGUGCCUGUCCUCGUACGCGCCGCGGAGGCACACCACGCCGGGCUGGCCCGAGAGGUGGUGCAUGAUCUGCACCUCCCGCCGCACGUCCUCCACGUCCUCCUUGCCCGCCAGCUUCCGCUUCGCGAUCGUCUUGCACGCCAGCUUCUCGCCGCUCGCCCGGUGCGUGCACAGGUGCGUCACGCCGAACUGCCCGCGCCCCAGCUCCUUGCCCAUCGUGUAGGUCGCGCGCACGUCUUCCAUGGGCCGGCCCAGCACCGUGCCCACGGCGGCCGCCGCCGGUUUGCUGGCCCUGGCGCCGCCGGUGGGUGAGGCCGGCUUCGUCGCGCCGCCUCCGCCUCCACCGCCACCGCCAGGCGCCGCGCACGAUGACGACGGACGUUGGCCGUCGGCGUUGCUCGCGGACGCGCCGCGGAUUGGUGCGUUCGCCUUUGCUGCCGCCGCCGCCUCGGCGCCCUUGGAGCAGCACUGGCCCUUGGAGCAGCACUGGCCCAUGGCCGCGGCGGGGAACGCGUGCUGCUGCCUGCUCCGACGGAGGGCAGGCAGACACGGACAUGAACGGUGAGGGACGGAGGGCGAGGCAGAGGAAUUCUUUGCCUAGCUUGGAGAUGCACGGUUAGGUUUGAGUUUUUUGAAGGGUCGGGAGGGAAUGGCGGGAAUGCAGAGGAAUUUGCUUUACCUCUAAGACUGACAACUUGAGUUGGCAAAUGUUUGCAUUUUUAUGAUACACAACCUGCACAUGUUUAUGACAUUCAUUUCAUAACUUGAUAAAUAAUA